AUGCCCAUUAUACCACCACCGACUCCCGCACCAUCACCCCCGCCCGACCAGGCCUUGUUCACUCCCUUCCAGCCCUCCCCCGACCAUGCUGCGCACCCCCACAUCUCCGCCUUCCGGACGCUCUCCCCGGCUGCCCGAAGACAGCACCUUCACGCCCUCAUCCAGGAAUGCACGCCCUCGGAGCUGCUCUUCCUCUCCACAACCAUCGCACCUCUGCUCAAGCGAGACUUCCUCCGCGCCUUACCGCCCGAGGUGUCCCUCCACAUCCUCAGCUUCAUCGACGAGCCGCGCUCGCUCGCUCGCGCGGCGCGCGUGAGCCGCUAUUGGAACGAGCUCCUCAAGGACGACUACCUAUGGAAGACGAUGUGCGUGCGCCACGGCUUCUCGCGCGACGCCGACGCGGUCGCGGCCUAUCGCCGCGAGCAUGGACUCUCCCUCAGCAGCUUGACUCGCGGUCACCCCCACCCCCACUCGCGCUCGGGCUCACGGACAACGGCGACGAUCACCUCAUCGCUCGAUUUCGACAAUGACGAUAUCGGCGCGCCAUAUCAGCACUCGGUCGGACUGCAGCCACACGCGGGCGUCGACGACUUUCCGUAUCGGAAGUUCUUCGUGUACGAGCACCUGCGAACCACCAACUGGCUUACCAAGGGCCGACUUCUGCGCGUACACCGAGCACCCCUCCACCCGCCAUUUCCGCAUGACCCCACUCCCGCCGCGGGCGGGCAGCCGCAAGUGCACAACCCGGCCAUCCCGACGUCCAUCGCCGUCGACUCGUCCUGGGUCGUCGUCGGCCUCGCCAACAGCCGCAUCCACAUCUUCAGCGCGAAGACGGGUGUCCUGAGCCGCACUCUCGUCGGACAUGAGUCCGGGGUGUGGGCGGUCUCGCUCAUCUCCGAGGGCGGCGAGCGCGCGAUGGACAUCCCCCUCGGCGACAACAUAGGCGACCCGCACACCGCGGGCGCGCCGUCGGACGCGAUGCUCCCUCCUAUCCUCCGGCAUGCGGUAGGCCUGGACGACCGAGGCGACGCUUGGCCGUCCAUGCAUGCCCCUGGCCCGAGCGCAUCCGACCCGUUCAAGGACGGGGGAGCGAAUGAGUUACCGCCGUAUGGCAAGCCGAGUUAUCCAGGCGGGGCUUCGGAUGGAUGGGGGCAGCCGAAUGCGCUGGUGGUCAGCGGCGGCUGCGACAAGGAGCUUCGGGUGUGGGACGUCAAGUCUGGGUACUGCAUCUACACCCUCCGUGGGCACACGUCAACCAUUCGGUGCCUCAAGGUGCUUCACGGGCGGCCAGUCGCCGUCUCGGGCUCGCGUGACCGCACCCUGCGCGUGUGGGACAUCCAGCGUGGGCGCCUGCUGCGCGUGCUCGAGGGGCACACGCAGAGCGUGCGUUGUCUCGAUGCGUGCGGGCGGCGCGUCGUCAGCGGCAGCUACGACUGCACGUGCCGCGUGUGGGACGUCGAGACGGGCGAGUGCUUGCACGUCCUCACCGGCCACUUCCACCAGAUCUACACCGUCGCGUUCGACGGCGUACGCAUCGCGAGCGGCGGCCUCGACACCACAGUGCGCGUGUGGGACGCCGAGUCCGGGGCGUGCGUCGCCCUCCUGCAAGGCCAUACCGCGCUCGUCUGCCAGCUGCAGCUCACCUCGACGAUGCUCGCCACGGGCGGCUCCGACGGGCGGGUGAUCACGUUCUCCCUCCACGGCGGCGCCGCGUUCGCCGUCGUCCAGCGGCUCGCCGCGCACGACUCCUCCGUCUCCGGCCUCCAGCUCGACGACCGCUUCCUCGUCACGAGCGGCAACGACGGCCGCGUGCGCCUGUACGAGUUCGAGCCGCCCACGGCGGUGGCGCGGGCGCCCGGCGCGGAGGGGGCCGUAGGGCCGUCGGGCCUCGUCGGCGCAGCGGGCGUGGGCGGCGGGGAGGCGCAGUGCCGGUUCGUGCGCGACUUGUGCGAGCCGGGGGAGAGCGUGUGGAAGGUGGCGUACACGCGCGAGACGUGCGCGAUCUUCUGCAAGAAGGCGGGCAAGAUGGUCGUCGAGCUCUGGAGCUUCAAGCCCGAGUGA